AUGUCGAACAGUGACCUCCAAAAAUGGGUGACCAGCGACGUAGACUUCUACGCCCUCCUGGGAAUCAGUAUCGAAGCCUGUUCUGCCUCAGAAUUACGGCGCGCGUACCGCAAGACCGCCUUGCAGUACCACCCCGAUAAGGCCGGCAAAGACUACGAUCCGGAGAAGUACGAGUUAUUUCAAGCUGCGAACGGCGUGCUGAGCGAUCCAGAACUGAAAGCCAAGUAUGAUGGACACAGGAGCGCAAAGUUACAGCGGCAGCGGGCGAAUGAGAUAUUCGAGGGGAAGAGGAGGGCCAUGAAAGAAGAUCUGGAGGCGAGAGAGAGAGGCGGCGUGGGUGCGGGGAUGAAGAGGGGCAGAGAGGAGAGCGAGAUGGAUAAGGAGGUAAAGAGAUUGGCGGAGGAGGGGAGGAAGAGGAGGGCGGCGAGGCAGUCGAUGAUGGCAGAGAAUGUUUCCUCGUCACCAGCACCGGCGCAUGCACAGAAGCCUGAACAAGCACAGGCACAAUCGACGACUACAUCUACACCUACUCCCAAAAUUUCAACGACGACUACGGCUCAGGAGUCAAACAAAGGAACAUCAGUAGAAGAUGACGAAAUUGAGCGUCUCGAGCGCCGAAUCCGAGAAGCAGAAGCGGCAAAAGCAAAGCGCAAAGCCGAGAAGAAAGCCAGAAAAAGCGGCACCUUCGUACCUCUCGAGUCUGAUUCUCCCGCAGGUGGAAAUAUACAGGCAGAAGCGGGUCCAGAUCAGGAGGCAGUUACUUCUACACCCAUCAAACGUCCCGAUAUCUUCAGAGGAUUGAAAGCUGACUCUCAGUCUCAGUCUUCAGCAGCAUCUCCAAAAUUCUCCUUCUCGCCUACAGCUAGCAUGGCUACGCCGAAGAGAAAUGAUUUCGCGGCUACGAUGGCGAGACUCAAGGCUGCGGAGAAACAGAGGAUGGAAGAUGAGAUUAGGAGACAGGAAUCGGAGGCUGCGUGA